AUGCACCCCCUCUCUAUCCUCAGCCUUGCCAUCUUCGUUGCCGGCUACACCACCGCUCGAUGGGACCUCGUUACUCGCCUCUAUGAACUUGCCAUCUUUGCCUGGGAUCACGGAGUCGUUACUCGCGCCGCGAAAGGUUUUGCUGUCCUCACCUUCGUCUUCUGCCUCGUCGUCAUUCCCGUGGAACGCUUGGCAGAAAGGGAGGCACGCUUGCUUGCGGUCAUGCCAGAGAGCAAUGGCUUAAUGAGGAUUUUCUGGCCCACAGACAUCCAACGGUCCGAGUCACCCGGUGUCGUGGUGGGAUGGAGGAACUCGCUGUUGGAUGUCUUCGUUGUGGCUAUCCUUGACCAUGUCGAUGCCGGCCACGUCGAGUUCGCCUUGAAAGUCGGCACCCUCUUCAAGAACUCACCGUACCCAGUCAAUACCGUGUAUGAGCGAUGCGGACACUCGUCAACGCACGUACUCGGUCUCACCAACGCCGGCGACGCCGUGGUUCUGGACCCAUACCUCUUCCUUGCUACGACCGCCGGCCCCGUAAAGGUCCCCCGCGUUACGUGUGCGCAGGCCACCAGCAUUCAAAUCAUACUCUACGACAGACCAUUGCCGAAGCGGAUGCAGUACAUAUCCUUGAACCCCAUCGCGCUGGCCUUGGACAACCACGACAGCACGCACGGCGCCCCGGAGACCGAAACAGAGCUUGAAUAUGAACGGCAGGAGGAUGAGAAAAAGGCACAAAAAAGGAAGCUGGUCGAGAAGAUCAAGUUGCAUAGCAUCAUCCAGCGCUCCCCUUCCGCCAAGGAGAAGGCUCUGCCCAAGAUCGUCAACCAGGUCAAUUGGGCUUGGGAAGUGGAGCAGUUGCUGCAGAAGAACGUCUCGUUGAUCGGAACGCGGCCUAAGAGGACAUUGAGCGUUUCGGAACGUGUCGUCGAGCACGCCGCGACCAUGCGGGAUUAUAUCUGGGACAUGAUCCUGCUCUACGUCUUUCCCAUCAUACAAUGGGGCUUCAUCUAUCUCCUGAUGACCCAUAGAAUUCUUGCAGAGAUACUACUCCAGGUGCUCGAGUGGCGAGCACGGCCGCGGUAUGCUGCGCUGAAAGAUAUCUCAGCGACAGCACAGCAGAUCGAGAUCAGACUACAACAGUUCUGCUAUUGGCCGCUCCAGUACAUGACCCUGCGCCAGCGGAAGAACAACUGGGGAAGCAUUACGACGAGCCAUCCGGAGUACAUUCGGUUCUAUAAUAGCCUUUGGCUGGUGGCCAACGAUGUCAUCAUCGGCAUCGCUCUCGGCUCCUACAUCAUCGACAACGCGGACUGGGUUGCCAAUACGAUGGGCCAUCUCUUGAGAACUUACGCCGUCAAGGCCCUGCAGCGGAGCAUAUCAUGGCUGAUGGGCUGGCCAGCAGGCUUGAAGUUGAACAGCGAGCUGGCGUUGUUUCUGGGUGACCUUUUCCUCUGGGUCAUCGAAUACUGGUCGAGCUGCAUCGAGACCUUACAGCCAGCCUUGCCGCACAUUGUCUGGUUCAUCGGAUUCUCCAGCCUCGCAGGAGCAAGCAUGCCCAUUGCCAUGUUUUCUGACCUGCUGUCCGUCUUGACCGUCCACAUCCACUCGUUCUACCUUGCGUCUGCCCGGAUCUAUCACUGGCAGCUGACGAUCCUCAUCUCUCUCUUCCACCUCUUCCGCGGCAAGAAGCACAACGUGUUACGUAACCGUAUCGACUCGUGCGACUACGACCUUGAUCAGUUACUCGUCGGCACCAUCCUCUUUACGCUCCUCUUCUUCCUCCUUCCGACUGUCGUGGUCUUUUACCUCAAUUUCGCCAUUGCCCGAAUGGUCAUCAUCAGUCUCAAGGCUGUUUUUGAUACUCUGCUUUCCUGUCUGAACCACUUUCCCCUGUUUGCUCUCAUGCUCCGGGUCAAGGACCCCCGACGGCUUCCGGGCGGAAUCCGAUUUGAACUCAGAGAUACCCAUCAUUAUAAGCUUAAUUCUAAUGCCCCUAACGACCCGCCAACAUCCGUCAUCUACCUCAAGUCCAUUCCCCUCACUUUCCGAGCCAUGUUCCAUCAAUAUUUCCGGAUGGGAAGCCGUAUCCGCAAGCACUACCUCUCGCCCGGCGUGCUUCUCUGUCUCUUGACAGGCAAAUUUGUCCCGCCCAUUAACCGUAAGAAGCUGUACAGCCUGCAGUAUAGCAUGCUUCCAGCUACGCGGGCUAGCAUCCGAGAGAUGUGGAGGGCUGUGACGGUGCCGUCGCCCACGCCUACUUGGAAGCAGAUCCCCAUCAUCCUGAACGGGCGGCGAUAUCCAACGGGUCUUGGAAGCGGGGGACGGACGAGGUCUCGUCACUAG